UUCAUCUGUUUAUCAUCUACAUGUAUUUAAAAGUGAAACUGUUAAACAGACAGGCAGCAUAUUCUGUUUUGACGAUAUUUGUGCAAAUGGUCAUUAAAUGUAAGGCUUAAAUACUUAAUCACCUGUAUGUAUGUGCUUAAACAUUUAUGUGAAAGAAUGUAAAGUAGUUGUGCUGUUGAGCAAAGAGAGCAAACAUUCUUACCUGUUCUUGCAGUGUUUCUUUCUGCACGUUCCUGGCCCACGAGUAUCCAGAGGAGGUCCACAAGAUGGUGAUGAUCAACGGGGGUGGGCCCACUGCUCUGGAGCCAAGCAUCUGUUCCAUCUUCAACCUCCCAGCCUGUGUGCUGCACUGUCUGUCCCCAUGCCUGUCCUGGAGCUUUCUCAAAGCUGGAUUUGCUCACCAAGGAGCGAAAGAGAAACAGCUUUUGAAAGAGAGCAACGCCUUCAACGUGUCUUCCUUUGUGCUGCGGGCCAUGAUGAGUGGGCAGUACUGGCCAGAGGGAGAUGAGGUGUACCACGCAGAAAUCACUGUUCCCAUCCUGCUGGUGCACGGCAUGUACGACAAAUUUGUGCCAGUCGAAGAAGAUCAGCGAAUGGCAGAGAUUCUCCUCCUGGCCUUCCUCAAGAUCAUCAACGAGGGCAGUCACAUGGUGAUGAUGGAGUGCCCCGACACCGUCAACACCCUCCUGCACGAGUUCUUCCUCUGGCAGCCCGACGCCCCCAAAAAACCCAAACAGGAAGCAAAGCCCGCGCCCGCGCCCGCCAACACGUUGGUCAACGAGGACAAUAAGCCAUCGUCAGACUCUAAAAACAAGUAACGGCCUAGAAGCUGGUUUUGUUUUUCAUAAGGACGAGAUUCAGUGGCUUGCUCUGAGGCUGUGCCUAGUGUACUCACACUGGGGGGGGGGGGGGGGGUUAUGAUC